AUGAAGCUCCUCCCAACGCUCACCACACUCCUCCUCGCCCUCACCAGCACCGCCAUUGCAUCAGCCCUUCCUCCCCACAGUGACGAAACCAACUCCUACCCAUCACCAAAGUACCCAUCUCCACCGAACAAGGACCACCACAACUGCCUUACCACCGAGCAAGCAACUAGUAUAGUCGCCACCUUCAGCAGCUUCCUCACCAACCCAAACCGCACCGCCACCGCUGAGAUAGCCCAGGCGCUGCUUGCCGAAGGCUACGUUGAAGAGAGCGACAGCAUCAAUUACUUGGCGGGGUAUCCUCUUGGCAGCCAGUCAUUUACUGGUAAAGAAGCAUACAUUUCCGACCUGUCUACCGCACCUCCCAUCCCGUCCUUCGAAACCCUCGAGAUCCUGCACACCUGCAAUCAGAUCAUCUGGCGCUGGAAUAUUCCGCAUCUCGCUCUCGACAAGUAUCCUGUCAAGGGGAUCCAGGUGCUGUACGUGAAUGAUCCGAAAUCGGGACAGGUAAACAAGGCGGUGUUGGAGUUCAGCAGUAUUGCGUGGGGUGGGGAUAUUGGGUGGGUGUGUACGCCGCCGACAGGGAAGCAGCCUGUGAUGGCGAGUUGGGUGGUUGAUUUGGGGGAAUAUCGUUGUUGGUGUGGUCGAUGA